AAGAGAAUGAAAGCAGACAUGCCGUGGCUGCGUCAGAGUCGAGGUUCUCCCAGACUGGUCCUGGUGGUGGUUUGUGUCGCUCUGCUGCUCGACAACAUGCUGCUCACUGUGGUCGUGCCGAUCGUGCCGACCUUCCUCUACGCCAUGGAGCAUCCCAGUCCGGAGCCCCAGACCGCCCAGCCCUCCCUGCUCCCUCUGCCCAGCCGCGGAGCACCGAUCCUGGGUUCUCCAUCGGAGCAGAGCCGGUCGUCUCCUCUGGUGUCUCUGUUCGACAACUCCACCUUCAGUCUGCAGGAGGUCUGGACCGAACCGCCCACGGACCAGACCGGACCCACCACAGACCUGCAGCUCAACCAGACCUCAGUAGGUGAUGACGCCUCCUGUCUCCAGGACAGCGUGUUUCUGGAGGAGGAGAACGUUCGGGUCGGCCUGUUGUUUGCCUCCAAAGCUCUGGUCCAGCUGCUCAUCAACCCCUUCGUCGGCCCGCUCACCAACAGGGUCGGGUAUCACAUCCCCAUGUUCGCUGGUUUCAUCAUCAUGUUUGUGUCAACCAUCAUGUUUGCGUUCUCAGGGACGUACGCUCUGCUGUUCUUCGCUCGCUCUCUUCAGGGGAUCGGCUCGUCCUUCUCUUCAGUGGCAGGGCUGGGUAUGUUGGCCAGUGUGUACACAGACGAUGAGGAGCGAGGCAUCGCGAUGGGCAUCGCUCUGGGAGGACUGGCGAUGGGAGUCCUGAUUGGAGCUCCGUUCGGCAGCGUGAUGUACGAGUUCGUGGGGAAGAGAGCUCCGUUCCUGAUCCUCGCUCUGCUGGCUCUGUUUGAUGGAGCGUUACAGCUGUUCAUCCUGCAGCCUUCAAAGAUCUGUCCUGGGAGUGUGGAGGGUACUCCGUUACUGACGCUGUUAAAGGAUCCGUACAUCCUCAUCAGUGCAGGUUCUCUGUGUUUUGCUAACAUGGGUGUUGCCAUCCUGGAGCCGACUCUUCCCAUCUGGAUGAUGCAGACAAUGUGUUCCCCUAAAUGGCAACUUGGUAUGGCCUUCCUUCCUGCCAGUAUCUCCUACCUGAUAGGAACAAACCUGUUCGGUAUUCUGGCCAACAAGAUGGGACGGUGGCUCUGCUCCAUGAUAGGAAUGUUUAUCGUUGGAAUCAGUCUGAUGUGUGUUCCUUUUGCCACCAGUAUCUACGGUCUGAUUGGUCCAAACGGAGGUCUGGGCUUCGCUAUAGGUAUGGUGGACUCCUCCAUGAUGGCCAUCAUGGGUUACCUGGUCGACAUCCGUCACGCCUCCGUCUACGGCAGCGUGUACGCCAUCGCUGACGUGGCGCUGUGUAUGGGGUUCGCUAUCGGUCCGUCCACAGGGGGCGCUCUGGUGCAGGCGGUGGGGUUCCCCUGUCUCAUGGUGUUCAUCGGGGUCAUCAACAUCCUGUACGCUCCGCUCUGCUUCCUGCUGCGUAACCCCGCCGUCAGAGAGGAGAAGAUGGCGAUCAUCGACCAGGAGUGUCAGAUGCACAGGAAAAGCUACAACACACAGAAGGAGAGUCGUGAGUUUCCUCUGAGUGACUACAGCGAAGAAGAAGAGACUGAGGAGUGA